AUGGAUUCUGUCACUGAAAUCUUGCUUAAGCUGCUGUUUCUGUUACCUGUUCAUAACUGGAACACAAUAGUGGCAGGAAAUAAAUAUAAUUGUGAUGAUCAGCUGGUGUCUGCCUUGCCUCAGUCUUCAUUCAGCAGUUCAUCAGAGCUGUCUAGCAGUCAUAGUCCUGGCUUUGCAAGGCUUAAUCGAAGAGAUGGAGCUGGUGGUUGGUCUCCUCUUGUGUCCAACAAAUAUCAGUGGCUCCAGAUUGAUCUUGGUGAGAGAACUGAGAUCACUGCGGUUGCUACCCAAGGUGGAUAUGGGAGUUCGGACUGGGUAACAAGCUACCUCCUGAUGUUCAGUGACAGUGGAAGGAACUGGAAACAAUAUCAUCAAGAAGAAAUCAUUUGGGCUUUUUCAGGAAACACAAAUGCAGACAGUGUUGUGCACAAUAAGCUUCAACAUUCCAUCAAAGCAAGAUUUCUCCGUUUUGUCCCCUUGGACUGGAAUCCCAAUGGUAGAAUUGGAAUGCGUAUUGAGGUAUACGGCUGCACAUAUAGGUCUGAGGUGGCUGAUUUUGAUGGGAAAAGUUGCCUGCUCUACAGAUUCAAUCAAAAAUCCAUGACUGCCCUGAAAGAUGUGAUUUCUCUGAAGUUUAAAACAAUGCAAAGUGAUGGGAUUCUACUGCACAGAGGAGGACAGAAUGGAGAUCACAUUACAUUGGAAUUAGUAAAAGGAAAACUUUCUUUAUUCAUUAAUUUAGGUGAUGCUAAAAUUCAUUCUGCUAAUAUUACCCUGGGCAGCCUUUUGGAUGAUCAGCACUGGCAUUCAGUCCUCAUUGAACACUUUAACAAUCAAGUAAAUUUUACAGUGGAUAAACAUAGUCAUCAUUUUCAUGCAAAGGGGGAACUCAAUUAUUUGGACCUUGAUUAUGAGCUCAGCUUUGGAGGGAUCCCAGUGCCUGGAAAAUCAGUGACAUUACCACGCAAGAAUUUUCAUGGGUGUUUUGAAAACCUGUAUUACAAUGGAGUAAACAUUAUUGAUUUGGCAAAGAGACGUAAACCUCAGAUCUACAUUAUGGGCAACAUGUCCUUCUCUUGUUCAGAAGCACAGAUGGUUCCUGUCACUUUUCUGAGCUCCAGUAGCUACCUAGCAUUGCCUGGCACAUCAGGACAAGAUGAAGUGUCCAUCAGUUUUCAAUUUCGCACCUGGAACAAGGAGGGACUUUUGUUGUCCACUAAACUACACCAGACUUCAGGUGGUCUCCUCCUUUAUCUGAGUGAUGGGAAAGUUAAAAUGAGCACCUAUAAACCAGGAAAAGCACAAAGUGACAUCACUGCAGGUGUUGGAUUAAAUAAUGGCCAGUGGCAUUCAGUUUCCUUGUCUGCCAAACGAAGUCGUAUGAGCCUAAUGGUGGACAAUGAUGUAACCUCAUCUGCUCAUGCUGCUGUACCUACACAUAUUUAUUCAGGAGACACCUACUACUUUGGAGGUUGUCCUAACAAUGGCAACAGCUCUGAAUGUAAAAGUCCAUUUGCUGGUUUUCAAGGAUGUAUGAGACUUAUUACCAUUGGUAGCAAAGCAGUGGAUCUAAUUUCAGUACAGAAAAAUUCCCUUGGUAACUUCAGUAACCUUCAGAUAGACUUGUGUGGUAUUAUAGACAGAUGUUUGCCUAAUUAUUGUGAACAUGGUGGUGAAUGCACACAGGCCUGGAACAGCUUCUACUGCAACUGUACAAAUACAGGUUACAUGGGGGCUACUUGCCAUUACUCCAUCUAUGAGCAAUCAUGUGAAGCCUAUAAGCACACAGGGAACACUUCAGGCUUUUACUAUAUCGAUUCAGAUGGAAGUGGCCCCUUGGGACCGUUUCUUGUAUACUGCAAUAUGACAGAUACGACUUGGACAGUUAUACAGCACAACAAUACGGACUUAACCAGAGUCAAAAAUGCUAAUCGAGAGAACCCACAUACUGUGUUCUUCAAGUAUACUGCCACCCUAGAACAGCUUCAGGCUACAAUUAACUAUGCAGAACACUGUGAACAGGAGCUUGCUUACCACUGCAAAAAGUCAAGGCUUUUAAAUAAGCGAGAUGGGAUUCCAUUGAGCUGGUGGGUUGGAAGAACCAAUGAAACACAAACUUACUGGGGAGGAUCCUUGCCUGAUGUUCAGAAAUGUGCUUGUGGAUUAGAGGGGAGCUGCAUUGAUUCCCAGCAUUACUGCAACUGCGAUGCUGACAGAAAUGAAUGGGCUAAUGAUACUGGAUUCCUCUCUUAUAAAGAGCAUCUACCAGUAACUGAAAUUGUUGUCACAGAUACAGACCGACCAAAUUCUGAAGCAGCUUACAAGCUUGGGCCUUUGCUUUGUCGGGGUGAUAGGACGUUUUGGAAUUCAGCCUCCUUCAAUACUGAGGCCUCAUAUCUUCAUUUCCCUACUUUCCAUGGAGAACUCAGUGCAGAUGUGUCAUUUUUCUUUAAGACUACAGCUUCCUCUGGCAUGUUUUUAGAGAACCUGGGGAUUAAAGACUUCAUAAGGAUAGAGCUGCAUUCUCCAUCUGAAGUGACAUUUUCAUUUGAUGUGGGAAAUGGACCUUUUGAAGUUACAAUGCAAUCACCCACUCCCUUAAAUGACAACCAGUGGCACUAUGUGAAGGCUGAAAGAAACAUCAAAGAAGCAUUGCUACAAGUGGAUCAGCUUCCCCAAAGGACUCUCACUGCACCGUCUGAUGGACAUAUCCGUUUGCAGCUCAACAGUCAGCUAUUUGUAGGUGGAACAGCAUCCAGGCAGAAAGGAUUUCUGGGAUGUAUUCGUUCUUUGCAGUUAAAUGGAAUAGCCCUGGACCUUGAAGAGAGAGCAAAAAUAACUCCAGGAGUUGAACCAGGUUGUCCUGGACAUUGUAGCAGCUACGGUAACCUGUGUCACAAUGGAGGAAAAUGUAGAGAGAAAUACAAUGGGUUCUCUUGUGACUGCGCUUUCUCUGCUUACACCGGGCCAUUCUGUAAGAAAGAGAUUUCUGCCUAUUUUGGAGCUGGCACCUCAGUGGUGUACAAUUUUCAAGAAUAUUACACCUUAGCUAAAAAUUCCAGUUCUCAUGCUUCUUCUUUCUACGCUGACAUGACUCUGAUCAGGGAGGUAAUCUCAUUUACCUUUCGGACAACACGGACUCCAAGCUUACUGCUUUAUGUGAGCUCCUUCUACCAGGAGUAUCUCUCAGUUAUUCUUGCCAAAAAUGGAAGUUUACAGAUUAGGUACAAGCUAGAUAGCCAUCAAGAUCCGGAUGUCUUUAGCAUCAAUUUCAAAAGCAUGGCUGACGGGCUGCUUCAUCAUGUCAAGAUUAACAGGGAGGAGGAAAUGCUCUAUGUAGAGAUUAACCAGAAUGAAAGGAUGCAAUUCGUUCUGUCUUCAGGUACAGAAUUCAAUGCAAUCAAAUCCCUUGUACUUGGAAAGAUUUUAGAAAGUAAUGAUAUAGAUCAGGACACAAUGAAGGCAAACUCUCAGGGGUUUAUUGGAUGUCUCUCUUCAGUGCAGUUCAACCACUUUGCUCCUUUGAAGGCUGCAUUGCACCAUACCAGCUCAGCACCAGUCAUUGUAAAGGGACGCUUCACUGAAUCUAACUGCGGUACUUCAACUGGAGUUGACUCAACAUCGAGUGAAACAACCCAUUCAUUUGCAGAUCAUUCUGGACCAAUAGAUGAGGGAGAGCCCUUAGCUAAUGCAAUCCGAAGUGACUCUGCAAUUAUUGGAGGUGUGAUAGCAGUUGUGAUAUUCAUCCUGCUUUGCAUCACUGCCAUAGCUGUACGCAUUUAUAAAAAAAAAAGCGUAUAUAAAAAAAAUGAGGCAAAAGGAUCAGAAAAUGAGGACAGUGCCGAGACUGCCCUGAAAUGUGAGCUCAGCAUGCAAAAUACAGUCAACGAAAAUCAAAAGGAAUACUUCUUCUGA